GACGUAUUUCCGCUCAGAUUUCCUCCAUGUGAAGGCAGAAGAAGGUGAAUUUUCAAACCAGAAAACACCUUCCAGGCAAAACCAUCGCAAAAAUGUUCAAACUUGAAGGACUCGGGCCUAAAAUGGACCCAGAGGAGAUGAAGACGAAAAUGCGGCAAGACGUCAUCUUAUCGUUACGAAACUUCCUUAUUUACGUCGCUUUGCUCAGAGCCACCCCGUACGUGUUAAAGAAACUGGACAGCAUAUGAGUCGGGUCCCAUGGUCCAGGCCUCCAUCCACAGAGGUUCCUACAUCACAGACGGCGAGGACCUCCUCAUGAAGCCGGCUCGGCCUGUUCCAGCAUCAUUAUGGAAAACUUCCAACGUUUUUCUUUGGCUUCAUCAGAGACUCCUGCUGUUCUCACUCUCAUCUUGUGAACUUUAGUCUUUUUUAUGUUUAAACAAUAUGUAACAAUAUGUCUUUGGUGAUGUAUCUGGCAGCCUGAUUAUGUAACAAAUAAAACUGUUCAUUUUGUUGGUUUGAAA